AUGAGUCAUUAAAUAAUGCAUUUUUGAGCUUGAUAGCCACGGGUAAAAAUUAUACUAAACAUAAUAUGUGAACCCAUCUCAAGGACAAACAAUUCCAAAUUCAGCCCUCCAAAAAUAAAGAAGGUUCAAUUUAAGAUCUUUUCAUUUCAAGACUAAGUAAAUAAUAUGUAAUGUUGUAGUGCCUGAGACAGAUCAGACACGCAAUUAUUUGUUGUAUUUAAUAAAUAAUCCACAAUAGAUCUCACCCAACAUAAAAAAUCACGUGCCUCUUAAACCCGUCACAUUUUAGCCUUGACGUCACUGAAGCGUUUUCUGAGUUGUACAACAGUCAGUCAUUGUUUGUGGACACCACAGAAAUGAAAAUUAGGGACAAAUAGCACAAAAAAUGACAAUUUGUUAACCAUUUCUUGACUAGUUUUGACUCCAAUAUGGGAUUUUUUUUAUUUUAAAUGAAUCUCUGCACAUGGCUGACAAUUAUAAUUCUACCACCUCAUUAAAAAUAUUUGCCUUACGUUCUUAAUGUUUAAUUUUUCUUCUUUUUUAAAAAUGUUCUAUUGUUAGAUUCUUCUGCUGUCUGGCUUUGUUCAUUCCUGAUCACGGUAGCGAUUGAAAUGCAGGAAGGAAGAGGCAGAGCACAGCCUUGAUAAGCUUUCCUGUAAAUGUUUUUUUUUGUCAGUCUGUGAACACCCUGCAGUUCUGACCGUUUGCUGUCUCCUCGCCUAACUGACCCUAAAAAUACAGACAUCUUGAGACGACCUGUGCACAUACGCCAACUAAUACGAUGGGAAGUUUGAGGUUCCAUGCAUUUCUCCUGCUGCUCUUGUACACUAGUGUGGUGCAGAUAACUGAAGAAGUGAUACACAUGGGCUUGUUUCCUGAAGCUGCUGAUUACUCGUUCUACAACUGUCGGAAAGAGAUGCUGCAAAUGGUCACAAAAAGUGGAGGUCUGCUGCAGACAGAGCUUAACAACAAUGCUGAUUUUAAAACUAUGUGGCGAAACGCAACAUCCAAAAAGGCCAUUCCAGGGAGUACACCGGAGCACAUGGCUGCGCUGCAGAGCUAUGUUGAAGCUACUCCUGAAUUUCAUGAAAAAUUCAAGAAGUUGGUUCAGAACAAUGGCAGGGGCAGGUCGACUUCCCAAGACGAGUUUCCUUUCAAAUCUCUUUUCUUCCUGCUGACAGAUGCCAUGCAACUCAAAGGCCAAAAGAAAUGUCGUACAGUGUACUCUGGCACAGAGAAGGAAUAUAUCACCAAAAUUGGGGAGAAAGUACGUUUUGUGAGUUUUUUCCCAGCAAAACUGCAAUAUACUUCUGCAACCGAGGAUGCAAGUGUAGAUGAAAACACUGGGACUGUUUUCAACAUCACGUCUUGUUCUGUGAUCAGCCUUGAAGAUUAUGGGUGUAGUUCAGAGGAAAUGGAUGCGCUAAUAUCACCCACUGACGUUUUCACAGUUGAGGAUAUCACCACUGUUAAGAUCUUUAACAGACAUCUUGCAGACGUACAUUCAUCAAAGUAUGCUCAGUUUCUUUUCAAUGCAUUUGAUAAAGAUAAGAACGGCUCUCUUAGCUUUGAGGAGUUAGUCUGUGAUCUCUCUGUUUUGUUGAGAGGCUCUACUGAAGAGAAGCUGAACUGGGCCUUCAAUCUAUACGACAUCAACGACGAUGGACAGAUCACUAAAGAGGAAAUGUUGGAUAUAUUGAAGUCUAUUUAUGAUUUGAUGGGGAAAUCUAUCCAUCCACGACUGAAAGAAGAGGCAGUGAGGCAACACGUCAGAAUGUUCUUCCAAAAAAUGGACAUAAACCAGGACGGUGUAGUAACUAUUGAUGAAUUCAUUGACUGCUGCCAAAAAGAUGAGAGUAUAAUGCAGUCUCUUAAGAUUUUUGACAAUGCUGUUUAGAUGUUAGUCAGCACUUGGAUGAUUCUCACCGGAUAACGCCAGCUUUCCUGCGCUGCUGCUCUGGACUGCUCCAGACUGUCUUUUGUGAACUGACCGCUGAAUGUAGAACCUCGCUAGACGUUUGGGGCCGUUGUGUGAUGCGAAUGUAAGUGCAGUGGUAAAACAGCAGCACAUCAUCAGUGUUACUGUAUUCUAAUUCUCAUUUUUAGCACUGACCAGCUGUUUCUUACUCACUGUAUCA